GCUCGAUUCUCCUCCAUACCCUUGUGCACGCACAGCCGACACUGCAGUGAGGAACUUGAACAGAGGAAGAAGCCCGGCUGAGCGCUCUCUCGUCUAGCUAGCUGCGCUGCGGCGAUGAAGAUGCAUCGCUUCGCUCUGCGUGGCCUGGGGUUUCUCGUCCUGUGGAUGCUGCAUUGCGGAAGCGAGCUCGCCGCGGCGGUGCCUCCAGAUGGCUGGUACGAUUACUCCGCCUACACCGACUGCAGGGGCCAGCCGGAGCCGGCGCUGUACAACGGAGGCAUUCUCAAGUUCGGCAGCAGCGGCGGAGACCCGGACGGAUACCGCACGACGGAGACCGGCGUCUUCUCCCCGGCGUUCGUGGUGUACAACCUCAACAAGACCACCAUGUACACCUUCUCAUGCUGGGUGAAGCUGGAAGGCGCGUACUCGGCUCUGAUCACCGCGAGGCUGGCGCCGGACAACACCGGCGCCAGGUGCAUCGCCACGGUCGUUGCCAGGAGCGACUGCUGGGCCUUCGUCAAGGGCGGAUUCGUCCUGGACUGGCCGACGCAGACCUCGGUCAUCUUCUUUCAGAAUGCUGACAAGACGCCCAUGAAGAUCACCGUGGCGAGCGGGUCGCUGCAGCCGUUCACCACGGACCAGUGGGCGAUGCACCAGCAGGAUACCAUCCGGAAGAGGAGGAAGCGCGUGGCGACCAUCCACGUGGCCGACCCGCAGGGCGCCCGCGUGGUGGGCGCGUCCGUGUCGGUGCAGCAGACGGCCAAGGACUUCCCGAUCGGUUCGGCGAUCGCGUCCACCAUCCUUGGGAACCAGGCGUACCAGCAGUGGUUCGUGGACCGGUUCAACGCGGCGGUGUUCGAGGACGAGCUCAAGUGGUACUCGACGGAGCCCAUGUCGGGGCAGCUGCGCUUCGACGUGCCGGACCAGAUGCUGGCGUUCGUGCGGUCGCACCGCGUGAUGGUGCGCGGCCACAACAUCUUCUGGGAGAACCAGGACGCGACGCCCCGGUGGGUGAAGAACCUGACGGCGGACGACCUCCGCGCCGCCGUCAACACGCGCAUCCAGAGCCUCAUGACCCGCUACCGCGGCGAGUUCGCGCACUGGGACGUGAACAACGAGAUGCUGCACUACAACUUCUACGAGCAGCGGCUGGGGCCCAACGCGUCCGCGGAGUUCUUCAGCGUGGCGCAGGACGCCGACCCGCUGGCCACGCUCUUCAUGAACGAGUACAACGUCAUCGAGACCUGCGACGACCCCUUCUCCACCGUCGACACGUACGUGUCCAAGCUCAAGGACCUCCGCUCCGCCGGCGCCAUCCUGGAAGGGAUCGGCCUGGAGGGACACUUCUCCAAGCCCAACAUCCCGCUCAUGAGGGCCAUACUCGACAAGCUCGCCACCCUGGGGCUGCCCAUCUGGUUCACCGAGAUCGACAUCAGCAACAAGUUCGACGCGCAGACGCAGGCCGCCUACCUGGAGCAGGUGCUGCGGGAGGCAUACUCGCACCCGGCCGUCAGCGGAGUCAUGCUGUGGACGGCGCUGCACCCCAGCGGGUGCUACCAGAUGUGCCUCACGGACUGGAACCUCAGCAACCUGCCCACGGGGGACGUGGUCGACCGCCUGCUCAACGAGUGGCGGACGCUGCAGGCGGCCGGCCAGACCGACGCGCACGGCGCCUACAGCUUCACCGGCUACCUGGGGGAGUACGUCCUCACUGUCAGCUACAACAACAGGACGACGCAAUCCACCUUCUCGCUGUCGCCGGGAGACGAGACCAGGCACAUCAACGUUCAGAUGUGAUGCGCCAACAUUAUAUUUAGGGCUCCUCGGAUCGGACUACUUAUUACUAGCUGAUGUAGUGAUUGUUGUGGAAGAAGAUUGCACAGUCAAUCUAUGUUUCUUACUUGUCCUGUGUCAAAUUUAGUGUAAGAACUGGCGUCCUUGACAGCUGGUAUGUAAAAUAGUAUGACCACCACUAUUACUAUAUAUAACAAGAGACUUCACUCC